AUGUUGGCAGUGGACUUGGUUUCAAGUGCUGUAUCUGCUCCGACUUCAGAAGUCAUUUCUCAAACAGUAGAGGCCAUUUUCGAAACUGUAGCUGCUGCCAAUGAUGUCCUUGUUAAGAAGGAUACUUUCAAGGAGCUUGCAACUUAUGUGGUAAGGGUAGUCCCCAUCUUAAGAGAGUUGAACAAGAAAACUGUUGUUCAUUCUGAGAGCUUGAACAAUGUUAUGGAGAUUCUUAACCGAGAAAUCAGAGCUGCAAAGCAACUGACUCUUGAGUGCAGCAAGAGAAACAAAGUGUUUCUCUUAAUGAAUUGCCGUCAUAUAGUUAAGCGCCUAGAGGACAUAAUGAGAGAGAUCAGUCGGGCUUUAAGUCUUCUUCCCCUGACUUCUCUAGAUCUUUCAUCUGGCAUAAUUGAAGAAAUUGAAAAGCUUUGUGACAAUAUGCAGAGAGCUGAGUUCAGGGCAGCAAUAGCAGAAGAAGAGAUUUUGGACAAAAUUGAGUCUGGAAUCCAGGAGAGAAAUACGGAUCGUUCUUAUGCCAAUAAUUUGCUGGUUCUUAUUGCAGAGGCAGUUGGAAUCUCAACUGAGAGGUCAGUGUUAAAGAAGGAAUUAGAGGAAUUCAGGAGCGAGAUAGAAAAUGCCCGGCUGAGGAAAGACCAGGCUGAAGCUAUACAGAUGGAACAGAUAAUUGCUUUAUUAGAAAGGGCUGAUGCAGCUUCAUCUCCUAGGGAGAAAGAAAUGAAGUAUAUCAUUAAGCGGAAAUCUUUGGGUGGUCAACCAUUGGAACCGCUUCAAUCAUUUAUUUGCCCAAUCACCAGGGAAGUUAUGAUGGACCCUGUGGAAACUUCUUCCGGACAGACAUUUGAGAGAAGUGCUAUAGAAAAGUGGUUUGCUGAUGGGAACAGAUCGUGCCCCCUGACAAUGACUUCUUUAGACACAUCAAUUUUACGGCCCAAUAAAACUCUGCGGCAAUCAAUAGAAGAAUGGAAGGAUAGGAAUACCAUGAUUAUGAUUGCUUCCUUGAAAUCAAAACUCCAGUCUGAAGAAGACGAAGAAGUGCUUCAUUGCCUCGGUGAACUACUAGAUCUCUGUAAAGAAAGAGAUCUGCACAAGGAAUGGGUCAUACUGGAGAACUACAUACCUAUUCUCAUACAACUUCUUGGUGUUAAAAAUCCUGAGAUAAGGAACCAUGCUCUUGUCAACCUGUGCAUUUUGGUGAAGGAUAGUGAUGAUGCAAAGGAAAGAAUUAACAAAGCUGAUAAUGGCAUUGAAUCUAUUGUUCGUUCACUUGGCCGCCGUGUUGAGGAAAGGAAGUUAGCAGUGGCGUUACUUUUGGAAUUAUCCAAAAGCAAUGUGAUAAGAGAGCAAAUAGGGAAGGUUCAAGGUUCCAUACUCCUAUUAGUUACCAUGUCCAACAGUGAUGAUAAUCGGGCUGCCAGAGAUGCACGAGAGCUAUUGGAGAAUCUAUCAUUCUCUGAUCAGAACGUUAUACAGAUGGCAAAGGCAAAUUAUUUUACACAUUUGCUGCAGCGUCUCUCUGCAGGACCAGAAGAUGUGAAAAUGGCCAUGGCAUCAAAUUUGGCAGAGAUGGAGUUGACUGACCACAAUAAAGAAUCUUUGAUAGAAGGAGGAGUACUGAGUCCACUUCUGUAUUUGGUCUCACAUGGUGACAUUCCAAUUAAAACUGUGGCUGUCAAAGCUCUUAGAAACCUCUCAAGCUUACCUAAAAAUGGUCUGCAGAUGAUUCGAGAAGGUGCAGAGCGCCCAUUACUUGACCUUCUUUUCAAUCUUAGCUCGUCUUUGUCAAGUUUGCGUGAAUAUUUAGCAGCCACAAUUAUGCAUCUCGCCAUGUCAGUGUCUCUAGAAUCCAGCCAGACACCCUCCUCCGCAAUACAAGUAUUGGUUCAGUUGUGUGAGAAUGAUGACCUAAACCUACGAGCAAAUGCUGUAAAGCUGUUCUCUUGCUUAGUAGAAGGUGGCAGUGAAUCCACCACCAUCCUGGAGCAUGUGAAUCAGAAGUGCAUUGAGACUAUACUCAAGAUCAUCAAAGCUUCUGACGAUGAAGAAGAGAUUGCUUCUGCAAUGGGCAUUAUCUCUAACCUUCCAGAAAUCCCUGUGAUCACACAGUGGCUUGUGGAUGCUGGGACACUACCUGCCGUAUUCAGUUUUCUCCAGAAUGGCAAGCAGAAUGGUCCCCAUAAGAAUCAGUUAAUAGAGAAUGCCGUUGGAGCCAUUUGUCGUUUCACUGUUUCAACAAACUUGGAAUGGCAAAAGAGUGCAGCUGAAGCUGGGAUUAUACCCUUGUUCGUACAGUUGCUGGAGUCUGGAACCUCCUUGACAAAAAAACGCGCAGCCAUAUCUCUCUCUCGAUUUUCAGAGAGUUCACCACAGUUGAGCAGGUCUCUACCUAACCGCAAAGGAUUCUGCUGCUUCUCGGCCCCGCCAGAAACUGGAUGCCCUGUUCAUGGAGGAAUAUGUAGCAUUGUUUCAUCAUUUUGCCUGGUGGAGGCUGAUGCAGUGGGACCACUAGUUAGGAUUCUGGGAGAACCUGAUCCUGGAGCGUGUGAAGCUUCUUUAGAUGCACUAUUAACUUUAAUUGAAGGUGAGAGACUGCAGACCGGUAGCAAGGUGCUUACAGACGCAAAUGCCAUCCCACCUAUAAUAAAAUUUCUUGUUCAACCCUACCCUAGUUUGCAGGAGAAGGCUCUACAUGCUCUAGAAAGAAUGUUCCGGCUGCUGGAGUUUAAACAGAAGUUUGGAUCGUUAGCUCAGAUGCCUUUAGUUGACUUAACUCAGCGUGGAAGUGGUAGUGUGAAAUCUAUGGCAGCUAGAAUACUUGCUCACUUGAAUGUGCUUCAUGAUCAGUCUUCCUAUUUCUGA